CGUCACUCUCUUUUCCUAAUGAUCCUACCUCACGAUGGGGGAAGACGGUGCCGAGUUCCCGUGGUGGAUACUAUAUCACCAAACAUUAUUGUCCCAAGUUGCCAUAGCAGGUGCAAUGGGUGAGAAAGGUCCCACAACCACUCCGUUCCACGUCUCGAAAUGGGACAAGCGGCUUCAUGAGGUGAGAAUGAGAUCAGGACACCUACGUUGACAUCAGUCCACACCUAUAUGUUGCCCCAGUAUGGCGGGACCGGGACAGGCCAGGCGCCCUGAGUAUCAAGGUCCUCAAGGGUACUUAAGGUGGUCUGGUCCUAGCUGCAACAGAGUCUGAGGGGCAGUUUCUCUGCAGACAAGACCAUCCAAAGCGAACAUCAUGUCGAAGAUCGAAGAUCAAACUAUCCUUAUCACCGGAGCCUCUGGCUUCGUCGCAACGCACGUCCUCCGGGUCUUCCUCCAACGAGGCUACCGCGUGCGUGGUACCGUCCGCUCGGAGCAGACCGCCGAGAAAGUGCGUGAGAUCUUUACGGAGUACGGGGACAAACUAUCCUUCACAAUUGUCAAGGAUAUCGCCCAACCGGGGGCGUUCGAUGAAGCCGUCAAGAGCGUUCAAGGCAUAAUCCAUACCGCCUCCCCCUUCGCGUUCAGCGUCCAAGACCAAGAACGCGACCUCCUCCAACCCGCCAUCCAGGGCACCCUCCAGCUCCUCUCCGCCGCCCACCGCCACGCGCCCCAGGUGCAGCGCAUCGUGCUCACCUCCUCCUUCGCCGCCAUCGUCAACCUCCGCAAGGGCUACUGGCCCGAACACACCUACACCGAGGCCGACUGGAACCCGGAGACGUACGAGCAGGCCAAGACCGCCGACGGGCCCACGGCCUACUGCGCCUCGAAGGCGCUGGCCGAGAGAGCCGCGUGGGAGUUCGUGGAGCGCGAGAAGCCCAAUUUUAGCCUGUCGACGAUCUGUCCCCCGAUGAUCUACGGGCCGGUCGAGCACCACGUCGCGAGCAUGGAUCGCCUGAAUGAGAGCGCCGCGGACGUGUACCGGCUCAUGAAUGGGAGUCUGAGCGAGAUCCCCCCGACCGGGUUCCCGGCCUGGGUCGAUGUGCGGGACGUGGCGGAGGCGCAUCUGCGCGCGUUUGAGGUCGACGGGGCGGCUAAUGAGCGGUUCUUUGUGGUUGCCGGCAAUUUUGAUUACGCGCAGGUGUGUGAGAUUCUGAGGACCAAGGUCCCUGGGAUUGAUACGGCGAAGGUGCCUGAAUGUAAGGCGGCGCGGGAGGUGCCCCAGGUGUAUGGGGUGUCGAAUGAGAAAGUGCGCACGCGGCUGGGGAUCGAGUUCUAUUCCUUGGAGGCGAGUAUCAAGGAUACGGCAGAGUCUUUGUUGAGACUCGAGAAGACGCUAGGGCAGUGAUGGCGCCCGCGACUGAGGAUCUUAUGGCUAUAGUAUGGUACAAUAAUGACAAAGUGACUAUGACUGUUUAUUGGCUGCAUUGGUUUGUCACUAGUUUCAAAAAUAGUCAACGACCAGUCUAAUAUAUACAUAUAUAUGUGAC